AUGAUGCGAAACUUAUCUAAUUUUACUUCUACUAUUCAAUAUAUGCUUACCAAUACACUUCAGCACCAUAACAAUGAUACUGCUACUUUUCAGGCCAAUUCUCAAAAUCCAACUCAGCCACAACCAUCUGUUCCCCUGACCAACAUAACUACUAAUUCAAAUCAAGAAUCAUCAAGCAUCCAGCAAAUCAGUCAAAAUA